AUGAGAAUAUCGCAAAUACUUAGACAGAACGCUUCUAAAAUUGAUUUUUCAAAAAGUGUUUUAAGUAAAGAAUUGGAUACUCUGGUCUCAAACUACGAAAAAUCAUUGGCAAACCCAUCAUUAUUCCCUACACAUAUACAAAAAUUACACAAUAUAGCGUCACAAGUUAGGAGUGAGCGUGAGUAUUUGGGAAUAAGUCAAUCAGAAUUGGAUGUAAACAAAUCAUCUCUGGAAAGAGCAGAGAGAGUAGUGUACGCCAUAUAUGACAAUUUGAGUCCGGAGCUGUAUUUUGUAGCAUCCAGGGAGCCUGCGGUACACGACUUUUAUAAACUGUAUCUGCAGUCAAUAAAAGAUUCCACAACGGGAAAACGUAAAGGCUUUUUAAAUAAAUGGUUAUACAGGCAUAGCUUCGAUACACUGGGAAUAUACCUGCUUGAAAGUAUUAAAACAACAAAAAUAAGUUUCAAGAAAAUCGCAAGGGCAAGACUUAUGUUUUGGAGAUCAUAUCAAUUCAUCAGUCUUAAAUAA